CGUUCAACACAGAUAAGAGUAUUGUAACGAUCAAAUCCUAUUUUACUGACGGUAAACUUCUUUUUGGUUUAACAUGGAUAGCUACAUGUACUUGUUGCUAUUUUUAAGCCUUGUGAUUUUCACUAAAGGCAGUGAAACUCUGAACAGUCAGGACCGCUGCCAUGGAGAUGUGAAUUCAAAUGCAAAAUUACAAUUGGACAUCGCAAAAUUGUUAGAUUUUUCGUCUAAAUUAAGAUCCGUGUCGGGGACUUUAUACGGUGAACACUUGGCUUUGGUAUCUUCUGCGGUGACCUCAGUAGGUGUACCUGUUUCAAAAGUACAAGCGGUAUGUCGUGACCACCCAUUACUGGUAUUUCCUCAUGCGGACGAAUGUCAGCUGUAUUACAACUGCUCCUUGACGUACUCCGAUGUUCCUCCUCACUUAGAGCAGCACAUGGUGGAAUGUCCAUAUCCAUCUCUGUUCUCCACCAAGUCUUUAAGAUGUGAGAACUUUACAGAGGUAUGCUGUGGAAUGAGAAAAGAGGUGAAGGAUAAAUGCGAAUAUAGGAUUCAUUCGGGGAGCACCUCCACAUGCGAAUGGCAAUAUCCAAGCUGUAGAGGCAAAGCGGACGGUUAUCAUCAAGGUUACCAAGGUAUCAACGCGUAUUUCAACUGCUUUCAGGAGAGAUUAAUAAAUACGGGCACGUGUGAAGACGAUAGUUUGUGGAACAUUUACAAGAUACCGUAUCAUGGCCAAUGCACCAAUCCGUUCGAAGUUCCAUUCCAAGAUGGUGGAUUCCUGUCAAGUUGCGAAGGAAAGGAAGACGGGAAUUACCGAUUUGAACAUGAUAGUUAUUACAGACAACAAGGAGAUUACUUUGGAGUCGGGAGACAAUGUGAUGCUUAUUAUCGUUGCCAAAGAGGCGUAGCGAGCGCUGUAAAAUGUCCAAAUGGAACCGUGUUCGAAUCAGUAAGUAGAAGUUGUAAGCCUGGAAACCACUCCAUUGAGUUAGGGUGUCAGCUUUAUUGCAAUCCAAAUUUUAAGAUGUGGAACGGUUUUCCAAAUAAUUUAGCAGAGUGUCCGUAUCCAGAGCAGUUCUCUGACGUAACUCAUCGAUGUGAAAACUUUACAAAGGUCACGUGUGGAUCGCGUCCACAAGUCAAAGACUAUUGCAAGUACUGGGUUCAACUCUUCAUGAAUCGACAUAUGGGGAACUGUCAGGCUUAUCACUUUAGCUGCGCAGGCUUACCUGACGGAUUUAAUGAACAUCCGGUUAAGCGUCCUGGUCCUUUUUACAUCAUCUGUCUCCAAGAAAGAGUUAUAGCUGAAGGAACCUGUCCGAGAGACACCGAUUGGCAGGCGCAAAUGUUUCCUUACAACGGCAAGUGUACACAUCGAUUCGCUAUUCCAAUUUCCUGGUUCAACAUUGGACUUCUUCCGGACUGUUCCGGAAAAGCUGACGGACAUUACCAAUAUCCUACUAGACCUUGCGACACCUACUACAAAUGUGAAGGCGGGGUUGCAACCGCGGUGAAAUGUCCACCUAAUACAAACUUUGACACAUCCACUAGAGUCUGCAGUGUCAGUGCGUCUUGUUCCUCAGCACAAUUAUGAUAUCGAUUAUUUUGAUUGCAAUAAAACACGAUGUAGAGUUUUA